AUGGCAUCCGGAGGUGAACUCGACGUCGAAUGGGUGCUCUCACAACUCGGUCUGGAAGAGAAGGUUGGUCUGCUUUCGGGUGUGGGGCGAUGCAAAACAGCGGGCAUUGAGAGGCUCAAUGUCCCCAGUAUCAAUCCUCGUACGUGCAUGCUGCCAUGUGGCACUGCCCUGGGUGCCACGUUCGACUCGGGCUUGUUACGUGGCGUUGGGGAACUUCUCGGCGAUGAAGCGCGAGGGAAGAACAUACAGGUGGUGCUGGGGCCGGUCUCCUGCCUACAACGCUCCCCAUUGAUUGGCCGUGGAUUUGAGGCCUUUGGCGAGGAUCCGUGGUUAAGUGGAGCGCUUGCCGCUGCCUAUAUAGACGGAGUACAGAGCCGUAAAGUGGCUGCUUGUCUCAAGCACUACGCGGCUCAUGACCAGUCGUGGAACUCGAUCGAAGACAACUGUGUCAUGACGGAAAGGACUCUUCGAGAGAUGCACACCCUGCCAUUUCAGAUUGCGGUCAGACAGGCGAAUCCAUGGUCGAUCAUGUCAUCUUACAACAAGAUCAACGGCACCCACGUGAGCGAGCACAAACACCUGCUCGACGAAAUCCUUCGCGACGAUCUCAAAUGGGACGGAAUCGUGAUCAGCGACUGGUGGGGUACGUACAGCACGACAGGAUCGAUCGAGGCCGGCAUGGACCUUGAAAUGCCCGGUCCCUCUCUCUGGCGCGGCAAGCUCUUGACCUGGGCCGUCGAGGCUGGUAAGGUGCCUCGGGCAACCAUUGAUCGCCGCGUCAGAGCGGUCCUGAAUUUCAUCAGAAAGGUCCAACGGCCUCCACCAACCGACAUCAAACCCUACAACGACACGCCCGCGUCUCGAGCAUUCAUUCGCCAAGUUGCAGCUCAGUCAGUCGUCCUCUUGAAAAACAACGAUAACAGACUUCCACUUUCGAAGAGUGCUCCCAGGACCUACGGCCUGAUUGGCUAUCAUUUUCAGAAUCCGGCUGUCUGUGGAGGUGGUAGCUCCGAGGUCGACGCUUACUACCUGAACACCCCUUAUGAUGCUUUUGUAGAAGCCGUUGGCGAAAACGCCGUCGAAUAUCAGCUGGGCUGUUACUCGCAUAGGUUCACCCCCUUGAUCGCGUCCGGUCACACGGUGCCUGGGUCGUCGGAGCCCGGGUUCCUUGUGCAAUUUUACGGAGAGAAUCCACACGACAAGCCUGACGCUCGUUGCCUGUACGCUACAGUGUCCUUGAAAUCUUCGAUGCCCUUCAACGACAGCAUACCGCUAUUCUUACCGAAUGUACUGUUCGUCAGCGCCAAGGCAACAUAUGCUCCACCCAACUCGGGCCGGUUUCGAUUUGGGUUGUCUAUUUCUGGCAAGGCAAGGCUCUUUGUCAACGGCCGGGAAUCGAUCGAUCUCUGGUCCGAGGUGCCGGAGAAGACUGCCGCCACCCCAAUGCUGAACUCCUUUACCAUGGAGAAGUGUGUUGACCUCGAUCUGAACAAGGGCGAAUCGAUCGAGCUCGAAGUGCUCUUGACAAACGAAGGCAUCCACUCAUUCGUCGUCGGAGCGGCUCCUGCACCAGGACUCCGGCUCGGUGCCUACGAAGUGCUCGACGAGGACAAAACAAUCGCCAAUGCGGUUGCCUUGGCUCGGCGGGUGGACGUGCCGGUUGUCCUCGCUGGCCUUAGCUCCGACCACGAAUUCGAAAACUUUGAUCGCCGCCACUUGAGACUCCCUGGUCGACAAGACGAACUGAUUAAGAAAGUUCUCGAUGCCAAUCCGAAUACGAUCGUCGUGACGCAGUCGGGCCUACCCAUAGGGAUGCCAUGGCUGUCAAAAGCCAACUCCCUUCUUCACGCUUGGUUUGGGGGCCAGGAGACGGGCCACGGCAUCACGGAUGUCGUCUUUGGCGACGUAAAUCCUUCAGCUAGGUUGUCGGUGACGUUUCCCAAGAGAGUGGAGGAUACUCCGACCUAUCUCAUGUACGGCAAAUCCGACAAAAACAUCCUGUACGGCGAAGGCGUCUUUAUCGGUCACCGAUACUAUGAACAGGUUGAUCGGGAGCCCCUGUUCUAUUUCGGCUACGGGCUGAGCUACUCUCGCUUCGAAUACUCGAAUCUCCAAGUACCCAGUGAGUUCGAAGCCCGCGAAGAUCAUGUUAUGCGCCUUUCCGUCCGCGUCAGCAACGUGGGCACGGUCGACGGAUCAGAGAUCGUGCAAGUAUAUGUUGGUGAUGCAGACUGCACGGUCUUGCGACCAAAGAAAGAGCUGAAGGCCUUCGCCAAAGCCAAUAUUGCAUCGGGCCAGAGCAAGGAGAUCAAAGUCGAGCUUGACAAGUAUGCGGUGUCAUAUUGGUCAGAGGUUCACGGAAAAUGGAUGGCCGAGGCUGGUGUAUUCACGGUCAUUAUCUCUCGGAGUGCCGACCCUCUGGACCAUGUUCUGUCCGCCGAUUUCACGCUUCCUCAAACGUUUCUCUGGGCAGGGCAGUAA